AUGCCACACAUUGAGCUAGUGCCCGAUCGGAAGCUGUUAAAAACGAAUUUUGAUGGAUACAAACUAUCUCUCGAGCCAGUGCCGGUACUUUCGACGGAUUUUUCCAACACCAAUGGCCCGCACCGUGUAAAACCUAACGAACAGCAGUUUUCAUACUACCAUGCCCGGCUUUUUAGCAUGCAGAAUCAUCUCGUGCGAGACCCAUGGGCAAACGGGCAGUGUUACUACAUCGAUGUGACUGGCAUUGUACAGCGUGUGUCUUACGAUACUAUGCUAGGGCGGAUGCGUCCGCUCGUUCCAGUGUUUAAACUACCGCUGGUGGCCCCUGAUGGGGGUCACGAUGACGUGAUUGCCAACCACCGCUAUAACUGUUCGCUGGUGUUCCCCUCCGAGCAGCUGUGCCUUCUCUCGGAUGGAUGCGGCACCGUACGUGUACUAGAGACAGGCGAUAGAACAAUUGGACGUGAGUGGAAGUUACAAUGUACAUUCAGACCACUGGAGCAUAAUCUCACUGAAGGUGUGCUGCCCGGUGGUAGUGUGUUGCUUGAUGGGCGAUUCCUCGUGCGGGAUGGUAAGCGUUCGUUGCACGUUGUAAUGCUACAAAUCGAUCACCAGCCUGUUGCAAAAUCAAAAUCGCUUCUACAUUGGUUCACGCUUGAGCAAUCUGUACCAUCGACGUGGGCUAUGAGUGUUUCGCGGACAUUGCAAAGUGAAGGCUACCCGAGGUACUGUGUGCUCGAUUACCAUGCAACAGCCAUAUUGGUGGCGUGCGAUGAGCCAUUUCGUUUCUUGCACGAUUCGGAGCAUCCCGUCGUUAUGCUGGAAACACCCUCUAUGCCCGCCAACACACAAGACAAACCUGCCUGGGAACAGUUUCCCUUCCGGUGGACGCAAACAUUGGAAGAAGUGAACGUUACGUUCGAUAAACAGCCUGAUGUUCAGUAUCGAGUUAUGAUUGAACCGCCAUCACCGAACACCGAACCCUAUUUGAAGGUGUUUGCUAACGAUGUACUUGUGAUUGAUGGGUCGCAACUCUGCUCAAAGAUAGAUCACGAACAGACCAUUUGGGCGAUGGAUUGGAAGACACUGGAAAUUACACUCCAGAAGCAGAAUGCUGGUAUUGGGUGGCCAUUUCUAUUCCCCGGCGGCCCGGAGGAAGCUGUACCGGGAGUUUCCGACAAUCACAGCCAACAGUCCGAUUUGCCACCCGUCACGAACCUAAGCGCUCCGCUGGAAUCGUGCGACUUUGAAGGUGAACAGGAGACCUAUUAUACGCUCGAACGACUGUCCUGCAAGGACCAUGCGGUAACGCACGCUGUAUCUCUUGGCAAUCGGCCACCACUUUUCGCGGUGACUUUACGUGCCGGGUUACCAGCGACCUUUGCCGUGCGGCACGAUGUCGAUGCUUGCCUGUGGCAGUUGCAGCCAGUAUCGAUUGGUACGGAGGACUGUAGGUUACAACACGAAGGAACGUUGCACGCAUUCGGGUAUGUGCAAGCAUCAAAACGCCAGCAGAAGUAUCUUGGAUGUUCACCCGGCAUGGGGUAUGCAGUGAUCUGUGAGUCUCACCGUGGAAUUUACAUCUAUAAAAGUAGCUACGGUGCUGGUUUGCGCAACCGUAAUGGAAUGCAGGUAGCGAUUGGUCAGCAUCAGUUCGUGAGUUUGAAGGACACCGGAGAAGUGUUGGGCAUUAGCUGCGAGGACGAAAUAUUACUGUUGCUUACAGAAAAAGCGAUUCACGUGUUGCAGAUUACCACCGAGUAG